AUGCGGAUCAUGGUGUGCAUCUGCCUGGACCGCUACAUGGCCGUGGUGCACCCGGUGCUGUUCACCCGUAUCCGUGACAACAAAAUCCGGGUGGGUGUCUCGGUGGUGGUCUGGGGCCUGAUGCUGGGCUAUGGCAUCACCAAGAGCCUGAUGCAGGUGGUGAGUGCCGCUCAGGUCUUCAGCGGGGUCGUCCUCGCCGCCUUCAUCCUCAUGGUGUUCUGCAAUGUCUCCGUCCGCUGGGUGCUGCGGCGCUCUGUGGCAGGCAAGGAGGAGAUGCACCCGGUGAAGAAGAAGGCCUUCAGGAUGGUGCUGAUCAUCCUGGGUAUCAUUGUGUUCAACUACCUACCGCCGGUGGCCCUGCUGCCCUUUGCGUCCUACUUCUCCUUUGUGGAGUUCCGCUGCCGGGUGAGCCCCAGCGUCUUCUCCCUCAUGGACGCGAGCAGCACUGUCGAACCCCUGCUCUACAUCACCAAGAUGGACAUGAAGGACAACGGCGGCGGCGGCGGCGGCUGGUGCUGCCGGCGGCGGGCAGCCGCGCAGACACCACAUGAUAUCAAGGUCUGA